CCACGCCGUCACUGGCAGGGCCUGAGCGAGCUCCGAAGCUGCCAGCUUGCCAGAGACGUUAUGUACCGGCUCCCGUCUGCCGUGACGACGCGGACCGCGACCCUCGGGGGCUGGGCCUGGGCCUACAGGCGGUGUGGAGUCCAUCAGCGAGCCAGUCUGCCGCCGCUCGGUCACGGCUGGGUCGGGGGCCUCGGGCUGGGGCUUGGGCUGGCACUCGGGGUGAAGCUGGCGGGCGGGCUGAGGGGCGCGACCCCCGCGCCGUCUCCCCCAACCCCCGACCCCGAGGCGUUGCCUCAGUCCGAGCCGCCGCCGCUGCUGGAGCACUGGUCCCCGCAGACCCCUGUGCCUUCCCUCUCCAAGCGCUUCGCCAGAGCCAUCGAGAGCAGCCGCGACCUGCUGCACAGGAUCAAGGAUGAGGUGGGUGCACCAGGCAUAGUGGUUGGCGUUUCUGUAGAUGGAAAAGAAGUCUGGUCCGAAGGUUUAGGUUAUGCUGACGUCGAAAACCGUGUUCCUUGUAAGCCAGAGACAGUUAUGAGAAUUGCCAGCAUUAGCAAAAGUCUCACCAUGGUUGCUCUUGCCAAGUUGUGGGAAGCAGGAAAACUGGAUCUUGAUUUUCCAGUACAACAUUAUGUUCCUGAAUUUCCAGAAAAGGAAUAUGAAGGUGAAAAGGUUUCUGUCACAACAAGAUUACUGAUUUCCCAUUUAAGUGGAAUUCGUCACUAUGAAAAGGACAUGAAAAAGGUGAAAGAAGAGAAAGCUUACAAAGCUUUGAAGAUGAUGAAAGAGACAAUGGAAUCGGACCAAGAAAAACAGUUGAAGGAGAAAGGAGGCAAAAGUAAUGAAAAUAAUGACUUUGCUAAAGCAAAAACAGAGCAGGAUAAUGAAGCCAAAGGCCGGAAUUCAAAGCCUGGCAAGAAAAAGAAUGAUUUUGAGCAAGGAGAAUUAUAUUUGAAAGAAAAGUUUGAAAAUUCAAUUGAAUCCUUAAGAUUGUUUAAAAAUGAUCCUUUGUUCUUUAAACCUGGUAGUCAGUUUUUGUAUUCAACUUUUGGCUAUACCCUACUGGCAGCCAUAGUAGAAAGAGCUUCAGGAUAUAAAUAUUUGGACUAUAUGCAGAAAAUAUUCCAUGACUUGGAUAUGCUGACAACUGUGCAGGAAGAAAAUGAGCCAGUGAUUUACAAUAGAGCAAGAUUUUAUGUUUACAAUAAAAAGAAACGACUUGUCAACACACCUUAUGUGGAUAACUCCUAUAAAUGGGCUGGUGGUGGAUUUCUAUCUACAGUGGGUGACCUUCUGAAGUUUGGAAAUGCAAUGCUGUAUGGUUACCAAGUUGGACUGUUUAAGAACUCAAAUGAAAAUCUUUUACCUGGAUAUCUCAAACCAGAAACAAUGGCUAUGAUUUGGACACCAGUCCCUAAUACAGAGAUGUCUUGGGAUAAAGAGGGUAAAUAUGCAAUGGCAUGGGGUGUUGUGGAAAAGAAGCAAACAUACGGUUCUUGUAGGAAGCAGCGACAUUAUGCCUCUCAUACUGGAGGUGCAGUGGGUGCCAGCAGUGUCCUGCUGGUUCUUCCUGAAGAACUGGAUAGUGAAGCCACAAAUAACAAGGUUCCCCCAAGAGGGAUAGUUGUUUCUAUCAUAUGCAACAUGCAAUCUGUUGGCCUCAAUAGCACUGCCUUAAAGAUUGCUCUGGAAUUUGAUAAAGACAGAUCAGAUUGACACCUUCAGAUCACAGGUGCAGAAUGAGCUGUUUGGCUUUUCUUCUUUUUUUUUUUUCUUUUUGGAAACAUUGAAGUCCCUAAAGACAUGAGAUUUUUAAGAAUACAUUUUUUAAUAGAAUAUAAUUGAAUGCAGAGAAUUAUGUACCUCUAAUUGCUUAAUUUUGUAAGUGUCUUCUAUUGUAGGAUUAGUUCUUUAUACUCAGGGAGGUAUCUGUAUUGUUUUUACUUUUGGAAAAAGUGUUAACACUUGAAAUAAAAUAUUCUGAUUAAA